UAAUAAUCCAUUAAUCCAAACUGAUUCAGUAUUUAGUGGCACAACACGAGGCUAAACGCACCCCCGACUGCGCAUCGGCAUCCAUCUCCAGUUCUCCACCGCCGCGCUCGCUUGCACAAUGCCAGCCCCGCCAGCGCAACCUCCCUCGCGCCGCUCACCCCCGACCCUCGCCUGUCCGCCUCCGGCUAUCCUGUGGCUUACAGCGACCGUCGGCGGCCCGCCCGUCCGCCUCACCGUCGGCGCCCGCCCGACCGUCUCCCCUGUGGCGCUCGGCGCCUGUCCCUGGCCCGUCCCCCACAUAGCCGAGUGCGACUCCUCCGUUCUCCACACGGCCGACAACAAAGACUGCACGACGCCACGACAACGUAGAAGCUUCUCCGUUAGCAGAUGUGUUCUUCCUCUGCGCCACCUGUGGAACAGUUCGUGCACCCAUGCCAUGGCCACUGAUUCGAUGGUCUGCAGAUCGACAAUGUUGAGGUUGCAAAACUUGCAGAUGUGAUCUAAGAUGCCCGACUGUACUACAUGUACAUGGAAGAAGAGAUCUCAAUGAACGAAGGUGGGGAAAAGGAAUAACCACUAGUAGAAAAAGGGGUAAAGGUUCAGGCCGGGUCAGCCCAUUAGUCCCAGUUCAGUCCAGAACCGGGACCCAUGGUGACAUUGGACCCGGUUCGUGAGCCCCGGGGGCCGGCCGGGCCACGUGGGCCAUUGGUCCCGGUUCGUCUGGACCUUUUGGUCCCGAUUGGUGGGACGAACCGGGACCAAUGGGCCUCGCUCCUGGCCC